AUGUUGCACAAGGUGUACAGAGGUAAGGCUCGAACGGUGAAACCGGUGGGGGUGUUCGUCGAUAUUCGAGGGUUUCGUCGCGGUGGAUUAGUGCACCGGACGCAGAUCUCGCAGUAUUUGGACGUGCCCAGGGACGUGGAUGACGAGGAAAAGAUUCGCGUCAUUUCCGGCGUCGUGGCGGAGGGCGACGACGUUUGGGUCAAGGUCGUGGACGUCGAGACCACGGACGGGGCGCCUCCUCGCGUGAGUUUAUCGAUGAAGAACGUGGAUCAGGGCAACGGCGAGGAUUUGGAUCCGAACAACUUGAAUUACGAACCGCCGUUUCGCGGCGGCGGCGGCGGCGGCGGCGGCGGGUAUCGCCCCGUCGGCGCGGAUGCAGGGCAAACGGUGCAAGCGGGCGCGAUCCGUUGGGGACAUCACGCUGGCGAUGUGAAACAAUACGGCAGCGGCGGGAAGCAGUAUGAACUUCUCCUCGAAGGCGAGGGAGACGUCAUCGGCGGGAACGAGGACGCACCGCCCAGCGGUUUGAGAUUCGGCACUGGUGACUUUGUCAGUCGACUUCGCGCCGCGGGUGGCUCGCCCACGCGCGUUCGCGAUGGUAGCGAUCGGGAUUUAAAGAAACCGAAGAAGGAGAGGAAGGAAAAGAAGGAAAAGAAGGAGAAAAAGAGUAAAAAACACAAAAAGUCUUCGAGAAAGCGCAGUCGACGCGAUUACUCGAGCGACGAUUCGUCUUCGAGCGACUCGUAUUCCCGCUCUCGUUCUCCACGACGACGAUAG